ACUACCGAGACUUUGUAUUACGCUGGAAUGGAAAGUUUGCCUUUUUUGGGCAAUGGUUCUGGGAACACUGACACCAGCCCGUCCAGAAGAGUGUGUCUUCAGAAAACAACACAGUGCCGACGCACCCCUUUUUAAAAUGUCUGUCUUUAUCCCAUGGUUUAACGUAGCCAGAUAGUAACCCACAUCCUUUUGGAAUUCUGGACAUUCCAGAAUAACACGUGUCUUGUCAGUCUGUAGCCCACAUUGGAUGCAGUGAUCAGAAUGGCGUUGAGCGUUUCCCUGCUUCGUUUACGGGCAUCACCCCCAAAUGACUGUGUCGUGUCAAUGCCACACAACGUGGUCUGAUAUAAACUCAUUUAAAUGCGCGCCGGAGUCGCCUCCAGUCAACAGGAAUCAAGACAAGCGACAUGCAGCACCAGGAGGAGAGGGAGGAGCUGGAUGAGGUCGCCCGGCGCCUGCGGGAGGACGGGCUGGCCCCCGGGGCGUCGGCCGAGGAGCGUCAGCACCGCCUGUGGCGUCUGCUGCGGGACAGCGAGGGCAGUCUGGCGUCCGCCACCGAGGAGCUGCGCAACCUGCGUGCGCAGCAAGCCGCCGAGAUGAAAGAGGUGGAGAACUACGUGGAGCACAUUCGCAACCUGCUGGAGGACCGGGAGUCGCUGACGGCAGAGUACGAGCGCGAGAACGAGCAACUCCGUGCCGAACUGCGGCAGAUCCGGCUCCAGCAAGAUGCCCAGCUCAAGGAGGUGGUGGAGAUGCUGGACCAGGAGGGCCUGGCGGACAUCAGUCAGAGCAGCCCCAGCGAGCAGGUGGCCUACCUGCUGGUGGAAAGGUCCACACUGCUGGAGAGGCUGGAGGCGGCCGAGAGGAAGGUGGACACCCAGAGCCUGACGGGCAGCCUGAGGGAGGUGCACCUGCAGGAGGAGCUGGAUCACAUCCGCCACACCAUGGAGGAGGAGCUUCGGCAGCAGAGGGAGACCAUGCAGCGAAGCAAGGAGAGCAUGAACAAGCAGUCUCCUGUCCAGAGUCCGUGGAAGAAGCUGUUCGGAGUGUGCAAGGCUGCACAGAACACACGCACUGGUUACUCCGCCCACAGCGAGGAGCUGGCGGCGGAGCAUGUGGAGAGGCAGCGGCUGGAGAGGGACCUGGACGAGGCGUCCCGCCGGCUGGCCAUGGCCCACGAGGAGAUCCGCCGUCUGACCGACGAGCUGGACACCGCCCGGAAGACGCAGAGCCUCUGCGGGCCAGAGCUGGAGAGAGCCGGACAGGAAGUGGAGCAGCUGAGACAGGAAGUGGACAAGCUGAAGGAGUGCGAUGUGAAGGAGCUGCAGAGGGCCCUGGAGCAGAACGCAAGGCUGGACCAGGAGAUCCGGGCCCUGAGGGAGAGAGUCCGCUCUCUGGACUCGGAGAAAAAGACCCUCUUAGAAACGGUGGAGAAUGUAAAAAUGGAUUCAAACAAGGAUGAGCUGCACUCUCACCUGGGACGGGAUGAGGGUGACGACUCCCCGUCUCCAACAGCUUCGUUAAAUGGGGACCAGGAGCAGAUUCAUAAAAGGUGCCGCCUGGAGUCACAGGAUAAGGACUGCCGGCUGCGGGAGCUCCACAGGAGGCUGCUGAGGCAGCAGCGGGAGCACGAGGAGCUGGUGGAGAGGAACGAGGAGCUGGAGUCCCUGCUGGGAGAGGCCCAGAACCAGGGCAAGGCCGAGCGCGAGCGCCACGAGUGCGAGGCGGAGGGGCUGCAGAGAAAGAUAAAACACCUGGAGGCAGAGCUGACCAAACUGAGCUCCCAGGAGCCUGCCCUGAAAGGUGGAGAUCUUGGAAAAGAGUCAGAGAUCAGCAGCCAGGAGAGGGUUGCCCUGUUGGAGGCCCGUCUGACAGAGGAGAAGGAGUGGAGGAAACAGCUGGAGGUGGAUCUGGCCACCGCCCAGGCAGCUCUGAAGAAGGACAAAGAGGAGCUGCAGAGGGAUCAGAAGGAGCUGAGGAAAGUGCGGGCAGAGCUUCAGAGUCUGCAGAUUGAGUGUCAGCAAGGGCGGUCUCUGAACGCAAGUCUCGUCCAAGUUAAGGGUGAAAAGGACAUUUUGGGAGAAAAGGUGUCUCAGCUGGAGCACGCUCAGAGCCGGCUGAAGAGCGACCUCGAUCUGCAGACCUCAGCGUGCAUCCGAGCCCAGGAGGACCUGAGGGAGAGCAAGGGGCAGGUGUCCGAGCUCAGCGCCCAGGUGGGACGACUGCGGUCGGAGGCGUUCAGCCGCGAGAGAGAGUGCGACUCCCUGAGGGCGGAGGUGCUGGAGGAGCGAGGCCGGGCUGCGGAGCUGCAGAGGAGAGUGAAGGAGGGAGCCCAGGAGAGGCAGCAGCUCCAGAGAGAGAAGGAGGCGCUGGAGCUGCAGCUGCAGGCUGUGAGGGAGCAGCUACAGGCCGCCCGGCAGGAGGGACACGGGCCGCAGGCACAGCCCGGCCCCCAGCCCGGCCCCCCCGCAGCUGACAGGCCCAGGGAGGAGGGCCUCAGCCAGCUGGCGUCUCUGAAGGUGGAGGUGAGCCGGCUGCAGUCCACCCUGGAGGAGGAGCGAAUGCUGGCCAGCCAACACCAGCUGGCCCUGCAGGCCCAGAUCAACGAGGCCCAGGCGCGGACCAAGUCCCAGGAGUCUCUGCUGCAGCAAAAGGCGGAGGAGAGUAAGCAGCUGCGUCAGGACGUGCAGCGAACACAGAGCCUGUUCACUUCCGCCGAGAGGGAGCUACGCUACGAGAGGGAGAAGAGCCUUGACCUGAAGCGGCACAACGCUCUGCUGGAGCAGGAGAAGCUGAAGGUGUGCGCGGAGCUGAAGCAGGCCCAGGCCAGAGUCUGCCAGCUGGAGCAGAGCGGGGCGGGGCAGCGGGCGGAGCUGGAGCGGCUGCAGCAGAGGGCCCGGGAGCUGGAGCUGGAGCUGGCCCGCAGCAGCCAGAGCCGGCAGGCCUCCAGCAGCCUGCAGGAGGAGCUGAGCGCCGAGCGGGCGCGCCUCAUCGCUGCCGAUAAGAAGGUGCUGGAGCUGCAGCAGCAGCUGAAGGGCACCCUGCACCAGCUGCGUCUGGAGGAGGCUCGCUCUGGGGAGACCAGCAAGCUGGAGAAGGACACCAAGGACAUGUCGGACAACCUGUCUGUGCUGCGGGCCAAGCUGCAGGAGGACCAGCUCCACAGGAAGCUUCUAGAACAGAGAGAGGAGGAGCUGCAGCAGCAGCUUCGGUCCCUGCGGGCGAAAGAGGCCACCCUGAACCGCACCAACUCCGAGCUCAGCCACCGUCUGCAGGAGCUGGACACCCGGCUGGGGGUGCUGGAGGGCGAGCGCAGCAAGGCCAAAGAGGAGCAGCAGCAGAGCUGGAAGACCGUCCACAGCCUGCAGGAGCAGCUGGACUGCAGCCAGCAGGAGUCUGAGAGGCUUCAGGAGGAGCUGCAGCAGGUCAUGCAGCAACUGGACACCCACAUCAGGAAGUACAACGAGAAGCAGGCCCACCACAAGAUGAAGCUGCGCAAAGCCAAGCAGAUCUUCCUGAAGGAGACCGCGCAGCGUGACGGAAGGAUCCAGAAGCUGGAGAACGACCUGGCUCUCGCCAGCAGCCUGUCUGAGAGGGAGCGGGGCUGGAUAGGGAGGGUGACGGAGGAGAACGAGAAGCUGCUGCAGGAGCAGCGGGAGCUGCUGAAGAGGCUGAACGAGGCGGAGGAGAUGGGGAGCAGCAGCCUGAACACGGCCUGCACCGUUCAGCACAGGGUGAAAUUUCUGGAGGAGGAGAACCGGUAUCUUGAAGACAAGACGUUGCAGCUGGCCAAUCAAGUGGGAGCCCUGGAGCGCGCUCUGAGGAAGGUCCAGUCUGUCUGCAGUGUUGAGGAUCUUAAGAACAUAUUCCCCUCUGAAAGUCUUCUUAAUGACAGCCUUCUGCAAACUUCAAAUGCAAGUCUGACGUCUGGUGUGUGUGACACGCUGGGAAUUCUGGAUGCCAUCCGCCGGGUGAAAGCGGGCAGCCAAACGGAGGCCACGAAGUCUUGCUCCGCCCCGCUGUCCCAGCCCUCCGAAAUCGGCUACCUGAACGUGACCUCCCCCGUGGCACCGGCGGGGCCCCAGCGGGAGCCGGAGGAGAGCGUCAGUUUGGGCAGCGACGAGGUCUGAGGGACCCUGCCGUGUCUGACCUGCCUUCCCCACGAUGCUGUGGUGUGCGUCUGCUCCGCCCCCCGCCGUGGCAGUGCCGCCUUUUCCUCUCUGCAGCAGUCAGCUUGGUUUUGUUUUUGUCCUGUCCCAUGCCAAUUUCUGCCCCUCCGGGGUA